AUGGCGGCUUCUCGAUUGCGUAGUAUCUUCUUUAUUUGCUGCGGCAUUCUUUUGAAUUUUCUGGGUUCUGAUGGUGCCAGAUAUAGCAUCAGUGGACCCGUGGUGACUCUGACAUUAAAGGAACCUGCGGUAGAACGAAAAACGGCAUCGACGCUGGCGUCGCGAUUUGUUUCUUCGAACGCUGCUGCUGCCGGCGAUGGAUCGGAUACCGCCUCGUCAUCCGGACGUGGUACUAGCUACGAUACCGCGAAACCAUGGCUAGACCUGUCUUCCAUUCGUCCAAGUGUGGAAUGGAGCAUACAAUCACAGGAACCGCCGUUGCCGAACUGGGUUCCGACCCUCAAUGGCGUCAAAGCGGCUGUCGGCUAUGACUACCAUCCGUACGCGCAAUCACCCCCCACGCUGCUGCUACCUUCCUGGAUUGAAGGGACGGUGAAGUUUUCCCGUAAUGCCUUCGAAGCAAUCCUGCAGCCUUCUCACGACUUUCGAACGAAACGUACCAGUGUGGUUGCGCAAGUGUCUCGGGGGACCUCCAAUCUCCUGGCUCGGUUCGGUACACGCCAAAAGCAUUUACUGGAAGCUGCUACCGCAUCUCUACAUAUGCAUUUACCCUACACUUCCGUAAGUGCUGUUCGCGUUACCCCGUCGGUCGACAUUGUGGCCCGAAACUUGUCGUGUCGCGUGGAAGCAGUGUCGGGUGGAGCCGCCCGCACCAAGGCCGUAUUGAAUCUGGAAUACGAUAAUCCCACGUUGACGGUCCUGCACUCGCUGGAUGCACGCCAUACAAUUGCGCCCGAAAUCAGUUUGUACAAUGCGAAAAUUACGUACGCCUGGAAUGUGGCAUUGGCAGGAGGCGGUAGCGUGCAAACCAAGGUCGAUCCCAUUUCCGACAUUCGCAUUUCUUGGAACGAUCCAAGUGCGGCGGGGGGUAGUUGGACGACCGAUGUGCGACUGCCAUUGGAAGGGACAACUAUGCAAGCGUUGGCCGCGGAUAUUCGAGUCCGACGGCAAUUUCGAUUUUAA